CAAUCAGCGCGCGGCUGAACUUUUCUCCUUAUGCGCAUGUGCACAGAACUACUGGAGUGACUUCAGCUGCAAACAGUCGCGUGUGGUUGUGACGGUGUGUGGAAAAAAGUGGUAAAAUGUGUGAAGUGCAAAAGCUGAGGGCAUCGGUGGAGCAGAUACUGACUGCGGCUGCUGAGGAGAUAUUUGGAGUAUUUCAAAGAAGCAUCGCCGAGAUUGAGGAGAAACUCAGUAAUUCCCCAAAGCACAAGAAAAGAAACCAGAGACUACCGGACACUGUGCACCAAACAGACAUUCGGAUUCCCCCAGAGCAGCAGGGACGUAGCCCCCAUGUGGACCAGGAGGACCCAGAGCCCCCCCACAUUAAAGGGAGUAAGGAGGAUGAGUGCAUCAGUCUGGAGGGAGAGCAAACAAUGAAGCUUCUACUACUAUCAGAGUGUCCUACACUCACCCAAAAGCUGUGGAUGGUGAAAGAAGAGCUCCCCCUGGAGCAGCAGGACAGGAGCCCCAGUCUGGACCAGGUGGACCCAGAACCUCCCCAUAUCAAGGAAGAGGAGAACCUGUGGACCAAUCAGGAGGGAGAACAGCUUCAAGGGCUAGAGGAGGCUGAUAUCACUAAGUUCCAAUCCACUUCACCUCGUGUGAAGAGUGAAUAUGAUGAAGACAAAGCUCAGUCCUCACAGCUUCAUCAAAGUCAAACUGAGGAGAACACAGAGGAACCAGAAGACAGAGAUGACUAUGGAGAAUCAGAACCAGACAGCAUCCAAAAUAAUGACUUCCCUAUAAGUGAUGUGGCAUGUGAAACAAUACAUCGUCAAUGCACCAAGGAUGAUAAAACAUUAAAAUUUUUGUCAGUGUUGGAGACACAGAUGACAGUCCACACAACAAACAAGCCUUUCAGCUGUUCAGUGUGUAAGAAAUGUUUUACACAUAAAGUUGAAGUUAAGCAACAUAUGUUAGUUCAUACAAGAGAGAAGCCUUUCAGCUGUUCAGUGUGUAAGAAAUGUUUUGCGCAUAAAAGUAAUCUUAAGGAACAUAUGCCAGUUCAUACAGGAGAGAGGCCUUUUUGCUGUUCCGUUUGUAAGAAAUGUUUUGCGCAUAAAAGUAAUCUUAAGGAACACAUGUCAGUCCAUACAGGAGAGAGGCCUUUUUGCUGUUCUGUUUGUAAGAAAUGUUUUGCGCAUAGAAGUAAUCUUAAGAAACAUAUGUCAGUUCACACUGGAGAAAGGCCUUUUAGCUGUUUAGUUUGUCAGAAAAGUUUUUCCUAUAAACAUAAUCUUAAGAGACAUAUGUUAACUCACAUAGGAAUGAAGGCUUCCAUCCACUAACUUUAUAAUGACUACUUUUUUAAACAUAAAAAUCCAGUUCACAUAAAACAUGACGAUCUAUACAAGGCAGUAAAAUUUUCACAAAAAUGAAUUUAGAUCCAGAUGAACAUGGAGGAGCAGAAACUGAUGAGCAGACUGAAGACUGAUCAGGACAGUGACGUACUUGCAAGUGAUGUAAGACGUUAAAGGAGCGAUAUUUUGCUUUUUUUGUUUUAAUGGAAUUAUACAUUUUAAAACAUUUCCCUGUGGUCUGCAUAAACUGUGAAUGCUAUGCUUGUGUCUGAACUCUUCAUUAAUUCAACUCCACCGGUCCAUCUUCAACCCUAUUUCUGAGUAAUGACACCAAAAAGGCAGUUUUGAGCGCUGGCCAUUUAAAUGCACAUGAGCCACUUCAGGC